UGGAAAGCGUAGUGCGGGUUGCGGCUGGGGGUGGCCCGGCGCCGGUACCGCUGCGUGGUCGCCGGAGCAGCUCCGUAAGUGACUUUCAUGAUGGACUCGACCCUAACAGCGAGUGAAAUCCGGCAGCGAUUCAUCGCUUUCUUCAAGAGGAACAAGCACACCUAUGUCCACUCCUCUGCCACCAUCCCCUUGGAUGACCCCACUCUGCUCUUCGCCAAUGCAGGCAUGAACCAGUUCAAACCCAUCUUCCUGAACACCAUUGACCCGUCCCACCCCAUGGCAAAGCUGACUCGAGCUGCCAAUACCCAGAAGUGCAUCCGGGCGGGGGGCAAGCACAACGACCUGGAUGACGUCGGCAAGGAUGUCUACCAUCACACCUUCUUCGAGAUGCUGGGCUCCUGGUCGUUUGGCGAUUACUUCAAGGAAUUGGCAUGUAAGAUGGCCCUGGAACUUCUGACCCAAGAGUUUGGCAUUCCAGUCGAAAGACUUUACGUGACUUACUUUGGUGGGGACGAAGCCGCUGGCUUAGAACCAGAUCUGGAGUGCAAACAGAUCUGGCAAAAUUUGGGACUCGACGAUGCCAAGAUCCUCCCUGGCAACAUGAAAGACAACUUCUGGGAGAUGGGUGACACGGGCCCGUGUGGCCCCUGCAGUGAGAUCCACUAUGACCGGAUUGGUGGCCGAGAUGCCGCCCACCUCGUCAACCAGGACGACCCCAACGUGUUGGAGAUCUGGAACCUCGUCUUCAUCCAGUACAACAGGGAGGCCGAUGGCAUUCUGAGACCUCUCCCCAAGAAAAGCAUUGACACUGGGAUGGGCCUGGAGCGCCUGGUGUCGGUGCUGCAGAAUAAGAUGUCCAACUAUGACACGGACCUUUUCGUCCCUUACUUCGAGGCCAUUCAGAAGGGCACAGGUGCCCGGCCGUACACUGGGAAAGUUGGUGCUGACGACGCCGAUGGGAUUGACAUGGCCUACCGGGUGCUGGCCGACCAUGCUCGGACCAUCACCGUGGCGCUGGCUGAUGGCGGCAGACCUGACAACACAGGACGGGGGUAUGUGCUGAGGCGGAUUCUCCGUCGCGCUGUCCGGUACUCCCACGAGAAGCUCAACGCCAGCAGGGGUUUCUUCGCCACAUUGGUAGACGUCGUCGUCCAGUCCCUGGGAGAUGCCUUUCCUGAGCUGAAGAAAGACCCUGACAUGGUCAAGGACAUCAUUAAUGAAGAGGAGGUGCAGUUCCUCAAGACGCUCAGCAGAGGGCGACGCAUCCUGGACAGGAAAAUCCAGAGUCUGGGAGACAGCCAGACCAUCCCCGGGGACACAGCAUGGCUUCUCUACGACACCUACGGGUUCCCAGUGGACCUGACUGGGCUCAUUGCGGAAGAGAAGGGCCUGGCAGUGGACAUGGAGGGCUUCGAGGAGGAGAGGAAGCUGGCUCAGCUGAAAUCACAGGGUAAGGGGGCCGGCGGGGAAGACCUCAUCAUGCUGGACAUCUAUGCCAUCGAAGAGCUACGCUCCAGGGGCCUGGAGGCCACUGACGACUCCCUGAAGUACAGCUACCACUCAGAGCCCGGCGGCAGCUACGUGUUUGAGAACACGGUCGCCACGGUGAUGGCUCUGCGCAGGGACAAGAUGUUCGUGGACGAGGUGGCCACGGGCCAGGAAUGUGGCGUCGUGCUGGACAAGACCUGCUUCUAUGCCGAGCAAGGGGGCCAGAUCUAUGACGAAGGCUACCUGGUCAAGCUUGAUGACAACAGCGAAGACAGGACGGAGUUCACGGUGAAGAACGCGCAGGUGCGAGGCGGGUACGUGCUUCACAUAGGCACUGUCUAUGGCAACCUGAGAGUGGGGGACCAGGUCCGUCUGUUUAUUGAUGAGACCCGACGCAGGCCCGUCAUGAGCAACCACACGGCUACUCACAUCCUAAACUUCGCCCUGCGCGCUGUGCUUGGGGAGGCCGACCAGAAAGGCUCCCUCGUUGCGCCUGAUCGCCUGCGGUUUGACUUCACGGCCAAGGGCGCUAUGUCUACUCAACAGAUCAAGGAGGCAGAGGAGAUUGCCAAUCAGACAAUUGAGGCAGCCAAGCCCGUCUAUACCCAGGACUGUGCCUUGGCAGCCGCAAAAGCCAUCCAGGGCCUGCGGGCCGUGUUUGACGAAACCUACCCUGACCCUGUGCGUGUCGUCUCCAUUGGGGUCCCAGUGUCCGAACUGCUUGAAGACCCCACCAGUCCGGCCGGCUCCCUCACUUCUGUGGAAUUCUGUGGGGGCACGCACCUGCAGAACUCCAGUCAUGCGGGAGCAUUUGUCAUUGUGAGUGAAGAAGCAAUUGCCAAAGGCAUCCGCAGGAUUGUUGCCGUCACGGGGGCAGAAGCCCAGAAGGCCCUCAGGAAAGCAGAAAGCAUGAAGAAAUCUCUGUCUGUCUUGGAGGCCAAGGUGAAGGCCCAGACGUCGCCCAACAAGGACGUGCAGCGGGAGAUAGCCGACCUCGGCGAGGCCCUGGCCACUGCCGUUGUCCCUCAGUGGCAGAAGGACGAACUUCGAGAGGAGCUCAAGUCCCUGAAGAAGGUCAUGGACGACCUGGACCGUGCCAGCAAGGCCGACGUCCAGAAGCGGGUGUUGGAGAAGACCAAGCAGCUCAUCGACAGCCGCCCCAACCAGCCCCUCGUCAUCCUGGAGAUGGAGAGCGGCGCCUCGGCCAAGGCCCUGAAUGAAGCCUUGAAGCUUUUCAAGACACAUUCCCCUCAGACAGCCGCCAUGCUCUUUACAGUGGACAACGAGGCAGGCAAGAUCACGUGCCUGUGUCAGGUCCCCCAGAAUGCUGCCAACCGAGGCCUGAAGGCCAGCGAGUGGGUGCAGCAGGUGUCGGGCCUGAUGGAUGGCAAAGGUGGUGGCAAAGAUGUGUCAGCCCAGGCCACGGGCAAGAACGUGGGCUGCCUGCAGGAGGCACUGCAGCUGGCCACGUCCUUUGCCCAGCUUCGCCUGGGAGAUGUGAAGAACUGAGGAAAGGGGUGCUUCCCCUGGGAAGCAUCUGCAUCUACCCUUGCCCAUUCCUGGGACCCAUCUAUCCAGACUGGCGCUCCAGCCACCACAGGACAUUGGCAUCUUGGACCUAUGCACAGUGCCGUCAGCCCUAGCCCAGCAGGAACAGAACAGCCAGGGCCACCCUGCCUUGUGACUCGGUGCCCACUUUACAUUUCCACCCCAAGCCCUGUAGCCCACGCUAUCUGUCCAGAACCACUAAGUCUGUUUGUCAUCGUCCUGACCUGGGUGUACUAUCCCACAGACCCAAGGCUUUGGGGUUUGCAGGUUGGAGUCAUUCUUGCUGCAGAGAAUAAAAGGUUCAUGUGCAAUACCCUA